AUGGUGGUUGUCCUGGGCUUUUUCCUCCUUACGGUACUCUUUGCAGGGAUACCAGGUCUGGCGCCGGCUGUGGCGUUGAAGGCGUCCCUCCUGGCCGGGUACGACAAGAGCUCGCGGCCGGUGAAGGCGGCGUCCACUCCGGUAAACGUGGACUUCGACAUCACACUCAAGCAGAUCAUCGACCUGGCGGAGAAAGAGCAGGCAUUUCGAAUGAACCUUUGGCUACGUCUGUACUGGGUGGAUGAGUAUCUGACGUGGAACGCCUCAGAGCACGGCGGUGUGGACUCCUUAACCAUCCAUUCCUCCGACAUUUGGAGGCCUGACAUCUUCCUCUACAACAACAUAGCGGAGACCUAUGGGGCCUUGGGAACCGUGACGGACCUCUCAGUGACCAACACGGGACAGGUGUCGUACUUAACACCAGCCAUCUUCACCAGCGCAUGCCCAGUGGACAUUACAAGGUUCCCGUUUGAUCGGCAGAACUGCGUAUUGGAGUUUGGGUCCUGGAUCUACACCGGCAGUCAGCUGAAUAUCUCCCUCAUCAAGUCCAGCGCGGACACGAGUACCUACACAAAGAGCGAGGAAUGGAUCCUGAGAGGAGCGCCAAUGGAGAGGAAGGUGGCCGUCUACACAUGCUGCCCCGAUCCUUACGUCAGUGUCCUCUUCACUCUGCAACUCGAGCGUCGGUCCUUCUUCUAUAUAUUCAACAUGGUUCUCCCCUGUAUCAUCCUGAUGGUUCUGAACGUGUUCGGCUUCUACAUCCCCCCGGACAGCGGCGAGCGGCUGGGAUUCUCCAUGACCAUCCUGCUGGCCCUUGUCGUUUUCCUGCAGGUUUUGUCAGGCUCUUUACCGGCAACCUCAACAACUACUCCACAACUAGGCCAGUUCUUCGCCGCCACCAUCGCGCUGGUGGGCUUCUCGUGCCUGGCCUCCAUCGUGGUGAUCCGCCUGUCCUACAGCAGCCCGCCCUCCCGCCCGCUGCCCCGCUGGCUCCGCCUGCUUCUGCUGCGCUACCUGGCUCGCCUCUUCUGUAUGAACACCAUCGCGGAGGAGAAACACGUGGUUACCCCCAUCAAAGAAGACGUCGAAAUUCUCGCCCACACAGACAGCAAAGAGGGAAACUCGCGUUCUUCCACGCACGAUCUCCAUCUCUGUGAGGUCAUCCGUCACAUCCGGGACUUCAGCCAUCAGCAUGUGGAGAAAAAGCAAGAAGAAGAGGACCAGGACGAGUGGAAGAUGGCGGCUCUGGUGCUGGACAGGGCUCUGAUGUUUGUCACUGGCCUGGGAAGCAUUAUUGUUUGUCUGAUUCUGCUCCAAUAAUUGAUGGCAGGAAAACCUUUGAUAGUGGCCCUAC